AUCUAUUGACAUCAGGGUCCAACUCUGUUUGAUUAAUCCUGUUCCGUCUGAAAACGACCUUCUGAUGCCCCCGUUUCCCCCUAAAAUGUACUGGUUUCUUGUGUUUGUGGUGUCUGUCAUCGCGGUGUGCAGAGCCAGCGCGUGUCCGUGUGAGAGAGCCGAGCUGUGUCAGCAGAUACACGGAGAGAGAGACUUUGAGGUGUUUGUGUUUGAUGUGGGUGGAAAGACAUGGAAGUCCUACAACUGGAGCAUGGUGACAACAGUGGCAAUGUUUGGAAAAUAUGAUGCUGAACUCAUGUGUUACGCUCAUUCCAAAGGAGCGCGGAUAGUCCUCAAAGGUGAUGUUCACCUCCCGUAUAUUGUGGACCAAGACAACAGGACAGCGUGGAUAAUGGAGAAGGUCAAUUUGGCUAAGAGUCAGUUCAUGGAUGGGAUCAACAUAGACAUUGAACAAGCAGUGGAAGACGGCUCGCCCGAGUACCUUGCUUUGACAAACCUGGUCAAAGAGACCACUGAGGCUUUCCACAGGGAGAUCCCAGGUUCACAGGUCUCGUUCGAUGUUGCCUGGUCACCAAAAUGUAUUGACAAGCGCUGCUAUGAUUACGUCACCAUCGCUGAAUCCUGCGACCUGCUGUUUGUGAUGUCCUACGAUGAGCAGAGCCAGAUCAUGGGGGACUGUAUUGCAAUGGCAAAUGCCCCGCUCUCUCAAACACUCGAUGCCUAUAACCAGUAUUUAAAUCUGAACAUUGAACCAAAGAAGCUGGUGAUGGGUGUGCCAUGGUACGGCUAUGACUACCCAUGUCUCAACCUUUCCCAGGAAGGAAUAUGUUCUAUUGCAGAAGUCCCUUUCCGUGGAGCCCCUUGCAGUGAUGCAGCUGGAACCCAGAAACCAUACAGCUGGAUAAUGAAGCAGGUCAUCAGCUCGAUGUCUGGCAGGCUGUGGGACAGCAAGCAGCAUGCUCCCUACUUCAAUUACAAGGACCAGAAAGGACAGAUUCACCAGGUUUGGUAUGAUGACCCGCAGAGUAUCGGUCCCAAGGCGGACUUGGUGAAAUCAAAAGGCUUGCGGGGCAUUGGCAUGUGGAAUGGAAACAUCUUGGACUACAGCGAGGAUCCUGUCGCCAGGCAGCAGACCGCGAUGAUGUGGAAUGCCCUGUUAGGAUGCUAGCUGGGAUACACGAACGCUGCUGCAGAAAUUUACACCAGCCCUGAGCUUACUCCUGUUUAUUGCUAAGUCAAUAUAUCCCUUUGUAGCAGUGAAGGGGUGUGACUUUAGGGAUGCAUACUUGCACUUCAGGGUUUAUUGUGGCUUUUAUGGCUGUUGUCUUUGAACAUAGACAUUCCACUGGGCUAAAAGAAAUGAGUGAUUCUCUAAAAAAGACGAUCUUCAUAAUGUGAUUGACACGCUUACUGAAAUCUGUGCACUUUAUUUUUCAUAAAUAAAACAUUUCCUGAUAAA